AUGCCCAAGUACUCAACUCCUACACUCGAGUCACUGGCGCUUGAGCUUGGGUUUCCAGUGGUUGGGCUAAAGAAUCCUCAGCUGCUGCGAUCGAACAUUGGAGAUUGGGCCCGAGUCCCCCUAGAAUUUCAAGAAUCAGAUUUGUUGAUUUAUUUGCUUCAUAGAGAGGCUAAAUUAUCGUUUGUGAUUGUAACAGGUGCGACAUCUUUUCUGUUCACGGAGUACCAGUAUGUUGGAGUUUUCACAGUUGCUUUCGCAAUUCUAAUCUUCCUCUUCCAUGGCUCUGUUGAGAGCUUCAGCACCCAAAGCCUGCCUUGCACGUAUGAUCCUUCAAACAUGUGCAAACCUGCACUUGCCACUGCCGUUUUCAGUACUGUUUCAUUCCUACUUGGUGCUUUCACCUCAGUCCUCUCUGGUUUCCUUGGCAUGAAAAUUGCUACCUAUGCCAAUGCAAGGACUACCUUGGAAGGGAGAAAAGGCGUUGGAAAAGCUUUUAUUGCUGCUUUCAGGUCUGGUACAGUUUCCGGAUUUCUUCUUGUUGCUAAUGGUCUUCUUGUGCUCUAUAUAGUAAUCAAUCUGUUCAAGUUGUACUAUGGCGAUAACUGGGAAGGUCUUUUUGAGGCCGUUACCGGUUAUGGUCUUGGAGGUUCUUCCAUGGCUCUCUUUGGAAGAGUCGGCGGUGGAAUUUAUAGCAAGGCUGCUGAUGUUGGUGCUGUUCUGGUGGUAGAGUUUGGGACAAAUAUCCCAGAAGAUCAAAGAAACCCAGCAGUGAUUGCUGAUAAAGUUGGUGAUAAUGUUGCAUAUAUUGCUGGUAUGGGGUCUGAUAUUUUUGGCUCUUACGUCGAAUCAUCCUGCGCUGCCCUUGUUGUUGCUUCCAUCUCUUCUUUCGGAAUCGAUCAUGACUUCACUGCCAUGUGUUAUCCCCUGCUUAUCAGCUCUAUGGGUAUCCUUGUUUGCUUGACCACAACUCUCUUUGCGACCGACUUCCUUGAAAUCACAAAUGUGGAGGAAAUCAAGCCUGCAUUGAAGAAGCAACGUAUUAUUUCCACAAUUCUAAUGACUGUCGGAAUUGCUAUUGUUAGCUGGAUUGCUCUGCCUUCAUCAUUCACAAUUUACAACUUUGGGUCGCAGAAACUUGUGAAGAACUGGCAGCUGUUCGUGUGUGUUGGUGUAGGUCUUUGGGCUGGACGAAUAAUUGGGUUUGUCGCUGAAUAUUACACCAGCAAUGCCUACAGCCCUGUCCAAGAUGUUGCUAAUUCCUGCAGAAAAAAUGCCGUGACCAACAUUUGUUUCGGCCUUGCCAUGGGAUAUAAGUCUGUCAUUUUCCCAAUUUUUGCCAUUGCAAUUAGCAUUUUUGUGAGUUUCAGUUUUGCUGCCAUGUAUGGAAUUGCUAUGGCUGCCCUUGGGAUGCUAAGUACCAUUGCCACUGGAUUGGCCAUGGAUGCUUACGGUCCCAUCAGCAACAAUGCUGCAGGUAUUGCUAAUAUGGCUGGCAUGAGUGACAGAGUUCGUGAGAGAACCGAUGCCCUUGAUGCUGCUGGCAAUACUAGUGCUGCCAUUGGAAAGGGAUUCGCUAUUGGAUCAGCUGCUCUGGUGUCUCUCGCUCUGUGUGGUGCAUUUGUGAGUCGUGCAGCAAUUUCUACCGUUGAUGUCUUGACACCGAAGGUCUUCAUCGGUUUGAUCGUGGGUGCCAUGCUUCCUUACUGGUUCUCUGCGAUGACCAUGAAAAGUGUGGGAAGUGUAGCAUUGAAGAUGGUUCAGGAGGUCCGCAGGCAGUUAGACAUUCCAGGGCUCAGGGAGGGUCAUAAGAAGCCUGACUAUGCUACAUGCGUCGAAGUUUCAACUGAUGCAUCUAUCAGCGAGAUGAUUCCACCUGGUGCCCUUGUCAUGGUUACACCACUUAUCGUUGGGACCUUCUUCGGUGUGGAGAUGCUGUCUGGUGUAUUGGCUGGCUCUCUUGUUUCUGCUCUUCAGAUGGCAAUUUUUGCAUUUUACCCUGGUGGAGCAUGGGACAAUGCGAAGAAGUACAUUGAGGCUGGUGCUUUGGAGCAUGCGACGAUCCUUGGCCCUGAAGGAUCCAAGCUUCUCAAGGCUGCUUUUAGUGGAGAUACCAUCGGCAAUCCACUAAAGGGCACUUCAGGCCCAUCAUUCAACAUCCUCAUUAAGCUGAUGGCCAUGGAGUCGCUCAUGUUCGCUCCCUUUUUUGCUGCUUACGGUGGUCUACUGUCCAAGAUAUUCUGAGGAGGGAAUGGACGACUGCCCUUUUGUAGCAGCAGAAUCGUCAUCAACUAAAUUCGCACUUGGCAUCUAUUUCCUCGUUAGUUUUCUAUAGCUUUAGUGAAAGUGAUCCUUUAGGAUGAUGAUGAUGAUUACGAUGGUGAGGAUUUUAUGUUUAACAUGGGUAUCUCUGCAUGAGUUUUAAGGUUGAACCUGGCAAUUUUCGAAGUAUGGACCGGCAGAUUCUUCACUUUUAGUGUAUUUUCUAUGUUUUCCUCGUAAGAGAGAACAGUCAUCAAUGCCUUUAAUAUGCAAUCGGGGUCAUUUUUCAGCUG